GUAUCAUCAAAGGCCGCUGCGAGAGGAGCACGCGCUCCGCUUCUUUUUUGUCACAGUUUGAGCAGGGAUGCGCUUUGGUUCAAACAGCUGAGUCGUGUGUGGUGGGUUUUAUUAUUUUUUAGUCGACUUGAUGCGCAAAUUUUGAUCAACUUCAAGAUGACUGGGGUUUUUGAGAACCUAAACACCGAUAUGCAUUCCAACCAGAUUACCUCAAACAGUUACCACAGCUUGCACAAAUCGCAGGAAUCUCCGACCCUGCCGGUGUCCACGGCCACGGACAGCAGCUACUACAACGGCCCGCAGCCUGGACACUGCACCGGGACUCCCUUUGGCCAGCUGGGCUCCUAUCAGUACCACAGCAACGCCACGGGUUCGGUGCCAUACAACGCAAAGACCUACGAGCUUGGUUUUAAUUCGUCUUAUGGUGCAUACAGCUCUUAUGGAUCCACGAAUUCUCCCACUCCCCCUGCAGAUAAUGAGAAAGAAGAAAGCGAGCCAGAAAUCCGGAUGGUUAAUGGAAAACCAAAGAAGGUCAGGAAACCUCGAACCAUUUAUUCCAGCUUCCAACUGGCUGCACUUCAGCGGAGGUUUCAAAAGACUCAGUAUCUGGCUCUGCCAGAACGGGCCGAGCUGGCAGCCUCACUGGGCCUUACGCAAACACAGGUCAAAAUCUGGUUCCAAAACCGCCGCUCCAAGUUCAAGAAGCAGUGGAAAAGUGGAGAAAUUCCCCCAGAGCAACAUGUUGCUGCCAGCGAGUCUCCUCCGUGCACGUCUCCGUCAACGACCGCCUGGGACUUUCCACAGACUCAGAGAAUGAACAGCAUCAGCUCGAGUUUACCUCAGAGCAUCAGCCCUCCCAACACGACGGCGCCUUCAUCGUUUUUGACAAACUACUCAUGGUACUCCACGACGAACUCUACCACGCAUCUGCAGUCCCCUCUGGUCCAGCACCAUCAUGGCUCUGCAAUAAGCGCCGGGACGAUAUUUUAGGACUGGAAAAAAAAAACACUGGGGUGAAAUCGGGCAACACCGGUGAAAAAUUAAAAUACCAACACCUUACACAUUUGCGCCUUUGUGCGCAAAACGCAGCAAAUGGCUGGAGUAAGGUUCCUAGACCUUGCCGGGUUUCUCCCCGUUAGUAGACACAGAUUUUGACUGUUAUUUUUGUAUUUAUUUAUUUCUAUUUGUGUGAGGGAUGAAUGAACCACUACUACCCAAAGCAAUGACAGACUACAUGGGCGCAAGCUCACCUUUACGCGGACGUCACUUUUUUUGGGUCCUUUCUUGUGCAAACAGCAGCAGGACAGCCUUUCACAGAUGUAGCACAAAUUACUGUAUUGUGCCUUUUUUCAGUAUGACCUCAUCUUCUCGUGGGGGGUGGGGGGUAAAAUUGUGUACAUUCUACAGUUGAUUUAAAAACGUUGAGGGGGAGGCUAAACAGACCCACGCUGUAAAUAUUUUACCACAGCUUUAUGAUGUCUUUUUUUAUUAGGCUUUCUGGAACAAAUUCAAUAAUCAAGUAAGCUACUGAUUCCCCAACACUCUGACUGGCUUGUAUUUAGUUCAAUUUUGUAUUUUUGUCUUAUUUAUUUUUUAGCAGUGUUCCAUAUGGCCAAACCUUAUUUAAAUAAAAUGUUUCCUGUGAAUU